CAAAAUUCACCAAGAAAAAAAAAAUCCCACGAAGUUGCAUAAUUGUUGGGGGUGACAAUUGCCCCUUAGCUAUUGCCUAUUUAAACUAGAAAGUCAGCUAAAGCAUGCGUAAAUGACUUUUUUGGCAAUUAUUUUCCAACCCUCAGAUCAAAAAAGUCCAACAUUUUUGUGUAAAUAAUUAAAGAUUCAACGAACAUCUGCCCAACGUUAUCAAACGCCCAGCAGCCAUAUAUCUCCAAUUACCUACUUUUUCCUGGGUUGGAACUUGGAAGUUUCAAAAUUAAUAUACACCCAACCAAAUUGCUUCUCAAACUAAAAAGGAUAUCUUCCAAAACCUUCUUCUUCUUCUGCUUCUAAGUAUUCUUUCUCCUUAGUCAGCUAGAAGAAAGAUCAUCAUGUUGAGAGCUUUGAGCACAAGAAAUGGCAGAGGGUAUGAAAAGUUGAGGGAUGAGUAUCAUGAAAGCAGCACUGAUCCAUUUUUGGACCCCAAACUGAUGAGGGCCAGAACUGUGCCUGCUGGGAAAUUGUUUAGUACUUCAUCAACAAAGCAUUUGGAAUCUGGCCCAACUCGUGAAGAGAAAAAAUUUGAGAAGAAGGCGAAGAAGGUGAGCAAGGUGCAUCCCAUAUUCACUCUGUUUCAUCCCAGGUUAAGGCAGAAGGCAACUGCAAAGCCAGAGGUCUCCAGAUACUUGGAAUAUCUCAAGGAAGGAGGUAUCUUACCCACCAAUGGAAACAUGCCUGUAGUUUAAAAGUACAUAGUAGUUUAUAUUCACCUUUGUGAAACAUAAAAAACUAUAGAGAUUAUGGAUCAUCAUAAAAUUUUUUUGGAACUGCCCUUGAAAUGUAAUUCGUCAACUGCUUGUUUACAUCUACACAGCAGGAAUAAUAAUUAAUAGUUAAAAAUAAUCCAUGUUAUCUGUUAUAUUUGCAUUUCGUUUGGGUUAUUUUAUUUGUGGCCUCAGGAAAUGUCGUUUGUUGUGUAAUUUAGCCGUGUCUGGUUUAAAAUUUAGAACGCCAUGGCAAAUAAAUAUAUGAUGA